AUGUCGGUCGAGGACCAGGCCUCCGCAGCAGCUGCCCCUCGUCGGACGACGGCCGCAACGUCCAAGCCACGUAACCAUGGAUCGGCCUCGCCUUCUUGCGGCACGGGAAACAGGUUUGACGAGUCGGUGGCGCGGCUCGACGCCAUCAUUGCCGCGACGGCCGGGUCGGGUCGCAGGCUUAAGGAGGCGUGGCCGCAGCUCAGGGGCCUCAAGUCUGCCCUCGACAGCGGCAAGUCGGUCACUGGCGCCGGGACGGCGAGGGGACUGCCCCUGCGCAUCGUGGUGCAGACGCUCAAGGCAUCGUGGCACGUCGACGAUACCUGGCCGGUCGGUGUCGAAGAGCAGGCGGCCAAGACGACGACGGGAGCCGGUUUACCUGGCAGCGGCAGUCAGGCCGCGCCCGAAGCGGGACCACCGGUGCGGCCCGAUCCGGACCCGCAGUCGAUUGCCCAUGCGUACCGGGAGCGCGGCGUCGAGGUGGCGCCGGCCAUUGUCGUCGACGACGAGUGGUAA